ACACCACUGAGCUAAAUCCCCAGCCCAGGCUACUCUCUUUUUAAUCUAACUGGAUCCCAGUUCCUGAUAUGCAGACACUGGGCCAUGUCAGCUGGAUGCACAGACUCACCCUGGAAGCUCAGUGUAGAUUCCUAGGUAACUCAGGGCCAGUCUGAUUUGGUAGUGGCUGUUUGGGUACUAGGUGGUAGGCAGAAGACUGGCCCAUAAAAUGUGUCUGUACCCUAGUCCCUCAAAUCUGAAUGUUACCUAAUGUGGCAAAGAAUUAAGGCUGACAAUCAGAUAACUCAAACUAGUUGCUUAUCUUGGAUUAUUUGGUUGGGCCUAAAGUAAUCACAGGGGUCUGGUGACUUCAAGGAAUAAUAAUCCAUCUCUUUGGUACUGCAGCUUGUUUUGUGGCCCAUUUUCUAUCUUCAAAGCCACUCUGAUCUUUUCCUACGUUCAUUUAAAACAAGGUCUCCUGCCUCGCAAGGGCAAGGUCCCGAGUGCGAUCCCCGGUACAAAAACAUCAAAAAAAUAAAACAAGGUCUCACUACGUGGUACAGGCCUGGCCUCUUUAGAUCACAGGUAGUCUCCACUUGUAUUUCUUUUCUUACUAUUUAAUAGCUCCUGAUAGGGGCUUAAGUCUGAUAACCUUGUUCUUACCCCAGGGAGACCUCUGACCCGUGGGGCCCGGCUGCGGCCCUGUGUGGGUUCCCCAAACCACCGCCUUACCCUCAAGGACAGCCAAGGACCUAAGCCCAGACUAUUAACCAUCAGGCAAGAGAAAGCCCCCCCAACGCUACCUACGGGUCGGAAGCGUCGGGGAACUAGGGUGUGGGCGGUGCAGAGCGCUACGCAGCCGCAGACCGCCACUAGUACGACGGAAGCCUACAGCAAGCACUUCCGGGGAGAGCCGGUUUCCCCGAAGCUGAUUGGUCGACGCAUUGGUCCGCCCCCACGUGCUGGCGUGUUUUUGCGCGUGCUCACUGUCUUUGUGGAACUAUGGCGGACCUGGAGAGUCUGGGCUUCGAACACAUGGGCCUGGAUCCACGGCUCUUGCAGGCCAUCGCCGACCAGGGCUGGUCGCGGCCCACGCUGAUUCAAGAAAAGGCCAUUCCGCUGGCGCUGGAGGGGAAGGACCUGCUGGCUCGGGCGCGGACGGGCUCCGGGAAGACGGCCGCGUACGCUAUCCCGAUGCUGCAGCUGCUGCUCCACCGGAAGGCGACAGGUCCUGUGGUGGAACAGGCUGUGAGAGGCCUUGUCCUUGUUCCUACCAAGGAGCUGGCACGGCAGGCCCAGUCCAUGAUUCAGCAGCUUGCUGCCUAUUGUGCUCGAGAUGUGCGGGUGGCCAAUGUGUCAGCUGCUGAAGACUCAGCCUCACAGAGAGCUGUGCUGAUGGAGAAGCCAGAUGUAGUCGUGGGGACCCCGUCCCGCAUAUUAAACCACUUGCAGCAGGACACCCUGAAACUGCGCGACUCCCUGGAACUGCUGGUGAUGGAUGAAACUGAUCUUCUGUUUUCUUUUGGCUUUGAGGAAGAACUGAAGAAUCUUCUCUGUCACUUGCCCCGGAUUUACCAGGCUUUUCUUAUGUCAGCUACUUUUAACGAAGAUGUGCAGGCCCUGAAGGAACUGGUACUGCAUAACCCGGUUACCCUCAAGUUACAGGAGUCCCAGCUGCCAGGGCCAGACCAGUUACAGCAGUUUCAGGUGGUCUGUGAGACUGAGGAAGACAAGUUCCUGCUGCUCUAUGCCCUGCUAAAGCUGUCGUUGAUUCGGGGCAAGUCCCUGCUCUUCGUCAACACUCUGGAGCGGAGUUACCGGCUCCGCCUCUUCCUGGAGCAGUUCAGCAUCCCUACCUGUGUGCUCAAUGGUGAGCUUCCGCUGCACUCCAGGUGCCACAUCAUCUCUCAGUUCAACCAAGGCCUCUACGAUUGUGUCAUAGCAACAGAUGCUGAAGUCCUCGGGCCCCCGGGCAAGGGCAAGCAGUGGGGCCGAAAGUCCAAAGGAGACAAGGCCUCCGACCCAGAGGCAGGUGUGGCCCGGGGCAUAGACUUCCACCAUGUGUCUGCAGUGCUAAACUUUGACCUUCCCCCCACUCCUGAGGCCUACAUCCACCGGGCUGGGAGAACAGCUCGAGCCAACAACCCAGGCAUAGUGUUGACCUUCGUGCUGCGGGAGGAGCAGUUGCAGUUGGGGAAGAUCGAGGAGCUUCUCAGUGAUGAGGGGUCGGCUCCUGUCCUGCUUCCCUACCAGUUCCACAUGGAGGAGAUUGAGGGCUUCCGUUAUCGCUGCAGGGAUGCCAUGCGCUCGGUGACGAAGCAGGCCAUCCGGGAGGCGAGGCUGAAGGAGAUCAAGGAGGAGCUGUUGCACUCUGAGAAGCUCAAGACGUACUUUGAGGACAACCCCCGGGACCUGCAGCUGCUGCGGCAUGACCUGCCCCUGCACCCCGCGGUGGUGAAGCCACAUCUGGGCCACGUCCCUGACUACCUGGUCCCCCCGGCUCUCCGUGGCCUUGUUGGCACUCACAGGAAGCGGAAGAAGCUGUUCUCUGGCAAGAAGGCUAAGAAGGUGAAGACCCAGAAUCCGCUGCGCAGCUUCAAGCACAGAGGGAAGAAACCCAGACCGGCAGCAUCGCCAUCCUGAGGCCACCAGGCCCAUGUGCAUGGGGAGUGAGUGCCCAGCCAGGACUCGGCCCUGUACACCACACACCCGGCGCUCAGUGCUGGGCACACUGGACUCAAAGGACUGGGCUGGCACUGCCAGGCUGCCGUCUUGCCCCCCGAGGUUCCAGCUGGGCAUGGUGGCACAUGCCUGUGAUCCCGGCUACUCCAGAGGUUGCUGGAGGAGGAUGGUGAACUUGAAGCCAGCCUGAGCAACUUAGGGAGACCCUGUGGCAAAAUUAAAAUGAGAAAAGGCUGGGGACAUGGCUAAGUGCGGAGGCCCUGGGUUCUAUCCCAAGUACCAAACAAACAAACAAAACCCAGAAUGAACCUCUACUGCCCCAGACUGGUCCCUUAGUCCUCUGGGAAGGGGCUGCUUGGCGCUUGUGCUGCUUGCAGUCCUGUGCAUGGCCAGCAGAGGGCAGCAGUGUCAGGCCGACCCCAUCUGUGUGAUCCCUGCUGGUUCCCGGACCAGCCCACAGCCACCUCUGUGGCCCUGCGACUCCCGUCAGGGUCUGCAUCCUGGUGGCUGUCCUUCCUGACUUUGGGCUGCCUGCUCCCCAGCAUGUGCACAUCGGGUUUAGAGUGCUAGGGCUGCUGUCCCUGCUGCUUUCCCAGGUCGCCAGCUCACCUGUUGGGUGAAGGAGCCAUGGUGUGACACACGCCCUUCCUGUGCCGUCUCCUGUUUUCCUGGCCGAGCACCGAGCCACCUUUCCAGGUUGCAUGCCAGGCCUCUGGGGCCUGAGGGUGGGGCCCAAGGCCGCCCCUGUGUCCCCUACGUGUCACUUGCUCACCGGGCAUCACAGGAGUGGUCUGAGGGUAUGGGGGCAGGAGAAGGUGGAAACCAGUGAAGUCAGGCCCAGGUUGGCCUUGCUGUGUGGAGACCCUGAUACUUGGACUUCCUGUCUGCUGAAUGUUGGGGUGUCAGGGGGCAGAGAUCAGCAGGUGUGAAGGAGGUGUGGGGCAGUCUCCAUGUGGGCUCAGAGGAGCUGGGGACAGUAGCCCCAUGAGCUCUGGCAGGGACGUGUCCAAGGAGGGCGACAGGUGCAGGGAACUGCUGGGGCCUGGGCUGGCACUCUGGUCUCCCCCUGCCUUGUUGGGGACCCAGGGACAGUGAGUGUGCUGGUUGUGGUCGCACUAUGCUCUGUCCCCAGGGCUUGCCUGAGCUUGUCACCCUGUGGAGGGCCUGUGCUGCAGAUCCCCCAGGUUGGACAGGAAGUUAGUUUUCCCCAGGGUAAUCUCUGGGGGGACAAGGUGGGUGAGCAUGGAGCUGGCACCCUGCAGUGUCCUGGGUGGUGGGGACCAGAGGCACUAGGUAAGGGCUCUGGUGAAGGUGGUGAUUCUUCCCCACACAGCCACUUCUGAGUCCCAGCAGCCCCAGGGCUUUCUUGGGCUCCUAGUUGGUGGCUGAGGCUCAGGAGGUCCCUUGCGAACGUGAAGUCAGGGAGCAACAGGGUUGGGCAGGCAUAGGCCUCUGGGCUGUCCAGCAGCAUGGGGUAAGGGGCAUGAGCUGCCACCUGGUGAACUGGUGCCACUGGGGCUGAUGCCACAUGGGGCAAGUGCCGAGGCAGGCACUUGGGCCACCUGUGCCCUCUCUGGGCUGCUGCAGCCCUGUAUUGGCUGAAGCUGUGCUGGCUAGGCCACAGAACAGGAUGCAUGUGGGGCUGUGGUGACAUCCACACAGCCCCGUGGUCCCCGGGAAGGAGAGCUUCCAGGUGGCGGUCUACCUCCUGGACUCUGCCUGUAAGUGGAGCCUGUAUGUUGACCUGGUGCCCCAACCAGGACAGACUCAGGACAAGGCGUGCAUGUGGCCAGGAGGACAAAAGGGGGCCAUGCAUCCCUGGGGCUCAGGGAGUGUUGGAAGCCAGGGUGCAGUGGUGCCUUGGCCUGCAGCCCAUCCCUGGGCCCUGUGUGUCUGGGCCACCUGUGAGGGUCUCUGGUCAUCACCUGGAGCCAGGAAACCACUGGGUGCAGGUGCUGGGCUGGGCAGCAUGAGGCUGCUGUGUUGCUCUCUGGGCUCUCAGGCCUGGCAUGGAGGCAGACCAUAACCAGCACACAGACCCACAGAGCUGUUGCCGUGGCAAGGCUAGGCUGCUGGAGAGUGCUACGAGGCCCUCAUCCGGUAGGAGGGAGGUUUCACGCCAGGCGUGGUGGAGAACCUGUUAAUCCCAGCCCUCAGGAGGCUGAGGCAGGAGGUGGUAAAUUCAAGCUCAGCCUGGGCAAUUUAGUGAAUCCCUGUCUCAAAAAAUCUAAAAUAAGGAAGGGGGCCGGGGAUAUAGCCCAGUGUGGAGACCCUGGGUUCAAACCCCAGUGCCACUGAAGGAAAAGUUUAUCCUGAAACAAGAGGGGUGGGAGGGAGCUAUGGAUGGACCUGGUGGAGAGGAGCCCAUCUUGAAGAUGAAAGGUCCAGUGAUUGCUGCCAACAUAAACAAUAGGAGCUGAAAAACACUGGGAGACAGAAUAAAGUCACACAUUAGAAAAUGAAAGGACUCAAAGUACAGGGCUCUGCGGGGAAGCCUCCAUCAGAUAACUGAGGCGGUGCGAUAGCAAGGACAAGAGGACAGGGCGUGCCAGGCAUGUUUCAUCCCAGCUAAUUAUGUCUCCAUCUGCCGAGGAUUAAUGAUUCAGCUUUUGGGGAAUUGCUCAGGACUUCUCCCUUGGGGGUCGUGCCCCCAGGAGCUGAUAAGGUUGAAUUGAGCAGGGAGGCUUCCCUUGAGUAUCAUCCUCUAGGAAGUAAUUCCCAUGUGACAGCCCCCUGCCGCUUUUUGUGGCUGCUUUUUGUUUGUUUUUACUUGACACAGGAUCUGGCUAUGGUCAGGCUGGCCUUGAAGUCAGUAAUUCUCCUGCCUCAGCCUCCAGAGUGCUGGGAUUGCAGAUGUGCGCCACAUCUGGGUUUGUUUUAAGUGGGUUAACUGCCCUUCUGGGGGCUCCUGUGAGAUGUGUGGAACCCCUCUCGGGGGCCAGCUCAGAGGUGACAUUACUGAUGGCCUAUUUUGAGUCUCCACAGAGUGGCCCCCAAACUCCUGUGUACAGCAGGUCUCACCGGGAGCUUUUUAUUGUUUCCAGUACUGGCAGUCAAACCCAGGAGCUUUGUGCUGAGUGACAUCCCAGGCCUUUUUUAUUCUUUGACACAGGGACUCACCAAGUUGCCCAAGUUGGCCUCAACUUGCCAUCCUCCUGGCUCAGCCUCCCAGAGUGCUGGGGGUGUAGCUUUGGAUGAUGGCCCUGGGUUUAAUCCUUUCUACCACAGAAUAAACAAGUGAAACAGUUCUAGAACAGGGUUAGGAUUCUGCAUUUCUUUGUUGGUUGAAACAGUCUCACUUGGGGCCAGGGAUUUAGCUCAGUGGUUUCACUGCCUGUUGCACAAAUGCAAGGACCCGAGUUCAAUCCCCGGAAAAAAAAAAACAAAAAACAGUCCCACCGGUCUUGGGCUUACUGUGUAGCCCAGGUUGGUCUCAAAUGCUUGGCAGUCCUUCUGCCUCAGCCUCUCAAAUGUCGGGCUUACAGGCGUGCACCACCAUGCCUGGCAAAUUCAGCAUUUCUUCACAACCUCUUUUCCUGCUGGUCCCCCAGCCACAAUUUCAGGUUCAUCACAUCCCUCCAUUUUGCAGAUUGGAAAACUAAAGAUUGAGUACAAGCCAGAACCAUCGCUUAGCUAAGUGGUGGCGGAUGAGGGGCCUCAUCUGGUGGACUCAGCUCUGAAAAGGCCGGGAGACCUGAUUACAAGGCUGCCCUGUCCCUUCCCAAUUAGACAUCCAGCUGGAUCCAAGCUCCCAAUACAGCAUAACCAUGACCCAUCCCAAGUUUGGGAUAUAAGAAAGUA